CGACGCCAUUUCGUGUCCACUGGUUUCAAGGUGAUACAAUCAGCCUGCAGAGCCGUAAGCGGAUCUUUACCUACUCAAGUAAAAACAGCGUUGAAUUUUACUCAUUUUUGUAUUAAGCUCCUGUUUUUGAAGCCACUUUUUUGAACAGCGGCAAAUCAAACAAAGAUACCAGCUCUUGAUAAUAAUGAUGUCACCAUUAUCACCCCGAAUAAGUCAGACAGGCAGGCAGACCUCCAGCGACCUGAGUACAGACAUGAUGGACCUGAUGGCCAGCAGCAACGUGACCAACAAGACUGACCCGCGCUCCCUUAACUCCCGCGUCUUCAUCGGCAACCUCAACACCCUGCUGGUCACCAAGGCCGACGUGGAGGCCAUCUUCUCCAAGUACGGCAAGGUCGUCGGCUGCUCCAUCCAUAAGGGCUACGCCUUUGUGCAGUAUUCCAAUGAGAGGAACGCACGGGCCGCCGUGGCCGGCGAGGACGGCCGCAUGAUCGUGGGACAGGUGCUAGACAUCAACCUGGCAGGUGAGCCGAAACCUCACCGAUCAAAGACAGUGAAGCGUUCUGCAGGGGACAUGUACAGUUCAUCUCUUGAUUUGGACUAUGACUUUCAAAGAGAUUACUAUGAUAGGGUGUACUCCUACCAGUCCCGGGUGCCCCCUCCCCCUCCUCCCCUGUCCCGUGCUGUCAUUCCCUCAAAGCGUCCCAGAGUCAGCCUGAGCGGAGGAGGGAGCCGGAGGACCAAAACCAGCUUUUCCUCCUCCAAGAGCAGCCAGAGGACUUCCCGUGCAAUGAAGGCAGAUGAUCUGCAGACCAUCAAGAGGGAGCUCACGCAGAUCAAACACAAGGUGGACUACCUGCUGGAGAGCCUAGAGCGCAUGGAGAAGGACCACAGCAAGAAGUCCGAGAUGAAAAGCAGCAAACCGGAACCAGGUGAGCUCUCUUCCCUCAACUCCUCCACCUCCAGCAAGAAAGACGACAGCCUGAAACGGGACCGAGAAAGCCAGGAGCUGAACGACUCCGAGGACGAGGGCGACCUGCUGGAGGACGAAGACGAGGUGAGGAGCUGGGAGGAGGAGAGGGAGGGAGCCAGGACGAGAGCUAAGGCAUCAAUGACUUUUGCAGAUUAUUCAAUGAAAAGCAGAGGGAGAGAGGAGGAGGAGGAAGAUGAGGAGGAGGAAGGCGAGCAGGAGGAAGGAGAGGAUGACGGCGAUAGUGCCAACGGAGACGACUCCUAAACAUUACACAGGCAGACACACACACAUACACAAAACAAAUUGUGUAUGAUUGUAUCUCCACACCAGACCUGUACACGGUGAUCAUGUGCUCAUAUCUGCUGAAUUGACUGGACAUUUCUAUACAGUGUAAUGUAGAUAUUGCUCUCUGUCACACACAUACAGAAACCCAUAAAUAUGUCAUGAUUUUACAGUUUUCUUUCAAGCUGGUAAUUUGAUGUUCCCCUUUUUUUUCCCCCCCCGAUUUUAUUUUAUUUUUGUUGACUUUUUUAUAGAUGUUUUCUGCAAUUGGAUAAAUGUAAGCUCUGAUGUGUUACAUUUAAACAAAAUGCAAGUUCAGUUGAGGAUCGAUGUAACAUUGUAUAACAUUGUAUGUUUAAACUCAGGGCUAUAAGCCAUUCCAGUGUAAAAAAAAAUUGAAGGAAAGCCGCUAUCGGUAAUUGUUUUUUUAGAUGAUUGGACUUGAUACCAACAAAUCACCACCCCAGGCAGUGGCUGACUUUGAAACAAAUCCGGAAUAAAAACAUGCUCCUGUGCAACGGGUUAGUCUUGAGACAAAAUACCAGACAUGGUACUACAACUUGAAAAUGUAUAAAAUUAAAAAUGUAUUCCCGAUCCAGCUGCUGCCGAGCCGCCUCAAACCAGCAGGUGGCAGUGUGUCCUAACACAAAAGCCACACAGAAGACCACAGGAACUUAUUUCUGUCAGAAAAUCUUCCCUUCCUGCCUGUUUGAUAACAACAUGAGUAUGUGCAAAACCUCACGUCGGACUGCACAAAUGCUCAGACAAAAUCCUCAUCGUUCUGAAAACAGUUUGGUUUGCUGCUGAGGUGUUGCGACCUUAACUGACCUUGACUUGUGUAAUGCAGUGCUCCUCCAUGUUUGUCUUGUUUCUGUUGAUGUUCUGUUUGUCAUUCGACUGCAGUAAUGAAAGUGAAUAAACAUGUUUUCCAAGUUG